AUGCAAUAUGAAUAUAUUGGAGGCCUUGAGGUGACGUAUGGUAACGCACUAGCGGCAGGUGGUGGUUUUCACCGUGUUACAAAUGCCGAGGGUUCAGCUGCUGAAGUGUCACCUCAUACUUUUCUUUGGUAUCAGCUUUUGUCACCGACGAAUCCAAAAGUACCUUCUGAUUCUUCUUCUGAUUCGAAUCCCAUCCUUGCUAUCAUACACUUACGAAUUGGAAAGGAACACGAGUCAAAGAUUGAAAGUACGUGGAGAAAACUAGAGAAAGCAAUUGAUCGUCAAAAUGGACGUUUUUUAUGGUAUCAAGUGAUGGAAUUUCAAGGUUGUACGUCAUUUUUAGCUCAAUCAAAGCAACAACAACAACAACAUGAGAUCCGACCAUUGAAAGAGAUUCGUGUAGUACGUGAUUUGAAGGACAUUCCAGAAGGUUUUGAAGUACUUGAUGAGCCACUACUGAGUCAAGACGGAGACACAGAACUGCGGACAUAUUUGUGUUUCCGUCGACUUGGGAACGAAGAUUUUGCAGGCUCCAAAUGGUCUAUUCUGAACCAAAAACCGGGCAAUUGGAUUGAUGUAAAGGACCUGUCGUCGAACAAGUGGAGUGUGGCGCAGAUUUUGCACCAAUCAAUGUCGGAGAUUCGUGUGCAUAUUCCGACGUGGAGAAAAGGACGUGAUGAAUUUUUGUCAUGCUCGACGUGCCGCAAUCGCGUCGCAAAGCUCGGAACGCAUACGAACGUGCACAUGUCCCCGGCAUACCCGUUCCCGUGCAAGCAAGGAGGUAUGUGGAAUGUCAAUAUGAAGGAUCUUCAGCACGCUCGAGAGCAGUUUGACACGUGUUUUUACGAUCGCGACAGACAGAAAUCGUAUCUGCCACAAUUGCUCGUCCCGUUUAUUGAAAAGUCGUUGCUGUGUACAUUUCUGUCGAGCGAUCUUGCCGAUGAGAUGAACGCAUUUCAUCAGCACGUGCUGAAGAAUGUCGUGGCGUGCAUGCUGGGCAACGAUGCGGACAGUGUUAUGGUGUAUAUGCUGUCGCUGUUGCGAAUGAUCUUGAAUGGACACAGCUCGUGCAUGUUCUUCUACAUCAAAUACCCUGGAAGCUACACGGCAGAAAAGUGUCAACGUUUGGUGUAUACAUCGUACUUGGUGAGCCCAGACGCACUGACAGCGAUCCCAACUCGCCAUCCGUGUCGAUCAUUUUACUUCAUUGACAAUGUCGACUUUUUCGUGCAAGCAGGAGGUUUUCGUCUGAUUCUUCAGCGACUAGAGCACAUGGACGUAGCAUUAACCGAAGUGCUGCUGUAUUGUACGAUUCUUAACGAAGCGAAACCUUGCCUUACGCAGCAAAAACGUCGCCGCAGUUCACCCACAGUUCGUCGUCGUUCGACAGAGACUCAGACGGAAGUUUUUUUUCGAGAGUUUUUGAAUGCUACCUUUUCACGGCUCCGUCGUAUGAGUGGAGAGGAACUAAAGCAUGACGAUGGACUUAUUGAUCAAAUCGUGAGCAUGUUGGAUUUACUUUGCUGGGACGGGCUUUUGCUUGGGGGUGGCAGCUCUGAAUCAAGCGUCGACGAAUCAACUGCCGCUGAUUUUUCCGCUUUGUCGUGUGAUGUGUCAUUUGCUGAGGCGAUUGAGAUCUUCCAUUUGGAUUUAUCAAAGAAGUUUAUUUGCUGUCCGUAUUUGUCACAACGUCUGCUGGGAAUCACACGCAUAAAAGAUUUGAUUUCAAUGGCUCAGCGAAAAGACGUUUUUGAUAGGAAGGCAAGUUUGAGCUUAAGGCGUGCUUCGUCAUUCAUCAGUACAACGGCGUCAUUAAGCGCAAGUACUUUGAGUACUGCCGCAUCCUUUCAUGCUUCGACUCCUGGGGAGCAGCCCGUUACCCAAUGGCUGCGUACCAAAUAUCUUGUAGAGUGGUUAACGGCAUCAGACAUUCUCGAGGUGAUGUUAGGUGACCGAGAGGCAUGCAUUAAAUACUCGCUUCAGGAGGGUACGCAUUUGGAAAUUCUGAAGCGUUCUAAAAAGAUAUUUGGAUUUGUAGCUGCUCACGGCCUCUUAGCAGAGCAGCAUAUUGUGUCGAUGUGGAAAACGGCGAUGAGUCAAUUGCGCUCUGGCAGAAAGGCAGUAUUUGAUAUUUUGAUUUCGAUAUGCAGUGUGCUUUCGGCUGAUCUAAUUGAUGUCGUCGUGAUGCUGUUAACACAAGUUCCUGCAAGCGACUAUGACGAACUCAUCGUACACUUUAUAGAGCGUGUCGUCAUGAUUGCAUCCAAGCUCGUAGUUGAUGCUGAGACGGGUGGGUUUAAGAUGUCGCUCACGUCCCUUGUCAGUGCAGCGUCUGGAUCACGAAGCAAACUUAGCGCUAGUGUUGAGAAAGAUAUUGAAGUCCUAAACAAGGUGGUGAGCUUGUGUUGCACGUUGUACUGGAAUGCUAUCAUUCAAACGGAGGCAUCAAACGAUAGUGGGGUGAACAGCAAUUUUGGACUACGUGUUUCAAUGCGAAGCGAAGUGGAGACAGCUCUAGCUGACUCAUUAAACUACGUCCAAAAGCUGUGGGAUUCCGCCGGGGCAUCAUCGACUGCGUCGGGGAAAAAGCAGCAGCAGCUUUUUAGCGAGUAUCUUCGCCAGUGUGCCGAGAACAUCAAAUCUGGCACAGUGGUGGAGACAUCAAUGAGUUUGAUUCAACGGAUUGUGGAUGGGUAUGGGGGUAGUUCAGCUUCGCUAGGCGCUUCGACAUUGUCGUUGGCAAGAACGAGCUCUCCUUCUACAACAUCCAGUGAGCUUUUGAAAGAAAUGAACAAUGUGCACAACAUUGUACCAGUUGUCGUCGAGGCAAUCAUAAACUAUGUAGCUCAGUCAAACUCCAUAAAUCAAACGCCCACAGCUCAUGUUGCUGUCAUGAAGAAGCGGUUGGCAUUUCUUGGGUACAUUGUGACUAAGUCCGACCUAAAGCUGCCGUUUGAUGCUGUAUGCCAGCUAUGGGGCUGUUUUAACGGCCCCAAGAGCACGAUAGAGGAGCGCGAUGUAUUUUUUGCGUGGCUGAUGACGGUUAUCCCUGAUCCUAACAAUUUUGUCCAUCGAGCGUAUUCAGGGCAAACGGGUUUUUCUGAAACCGUGGUUAAUGAAAUUUUUCGAUCGCUGACUGGGUCUCAAUCCAGUAGCGCUCACAAUGAAAAUACGACCCAGAUUUGUUUGGAUAUGCAAAGCAUGAGCAAGGAAGCGUUUUGGGUGCUGGAGCGGCUGUUUCGAUUCGUCAAUACUAGCGCUAGGCGGAUUACGUCUACUAGUGUUGUUGGGAGCGCUCAUACGCGAAGUUUUUCGGACAAAACGAGAGAAGUUGACGGUUUUGUCGUAGAAUCAUUGGACUUACAAGGUCUUGAAACAUUGUAUGAUGUGGCAUUGCGUGCAGAAAAUGAUGAUGUGAGUCAGCAAGCGACCAAUUACCUGAUCUACCUGCAGCUCCAUGUUGGUUCAAAACUCGUUCGUCGCGAGGUGUGGGCAGAUUUUGUUGAAAUGUGUCUUCAGAGGCUAAAGGAAGCAGUCAAAGGCCCAAUCCAUGCGUCGAAGACGCGAGAGGUACUGCGACUGUUGGUCCUGUUAAGCACUUUUCUUCAUCAAUCAGUUGUACAGUCUCAAGAGAGCGAAGGGGUUUUUGAUGGACCCGAAGGACUAGCAGUGUACGUUCGAACACAAGGUGGACGAGUUGCAGCACCAUUCCGGUACCACUUAAGGCGUACUUCGCUCGUAUCAGAGCUGCGUGAUCGAAUUGCCAAGGACACUGGCCAUCCCGCUGAUCGAGUUCGUAUCGUAAACUCUGCAAAGACUAAGCUGACAGCGCAAGGGCAUGGAAAAUUUACGCUUGAGAAAGCGCGUGUCUUUAGUCCAUCCGCUGCAUCAUCCCGAUCAUUUUCAGGGCGGUCUUUAACACAAACAGCACCAGCUCCCUCCCGCAGGAAUGGCAAGCAUAGUAGCUAUGUUGACGCAAUAUUAUUGUCGAAAGUGGAAAGUGACACGAGUGGUCACACCAAUCGCAGCGUCGUUGACUUCCACGGAUCAGUUGGGGUUGCCGCCGCGGCUGCUGCUGGUGUAGGCGGCGCUGGGAACAAUAGCAGUCCAGAGAGCGACUGGUAUGCGAUUAAAACGGAGAUAUCAGGGAACGAUACUUGGAUAUCGCUUUUGUUUGACCAGCUGUCGUACGAUGACGGAACUGCUGAAGAAGCCUGGAAGGUGCUGAAGCUGCUUACGACAAAUGAGGAGAUGGAAAAGCAAAUGCGCACGUUGAACGGCGUUUUGGCAAUUGACGGCUCUAUUCGUAGAAAAACAAGCUCAUUCAAAUGGGAUACGCUGUUGGAUUUAAGAUGCCCUCCAAAGCUAUUGUAUCUACUUGAAUUGGUGGAGAAAUUUGCGCUAUGCGGCGAUGGACGUCAUGACGACGAUGACGAAGAAAAUGAUGAAAGUGACAACCGAGUGCAUGAAGCUGAUAGAUCGAUCGGGACAGUCAAUGCAUGGAGUGCAUCUUUCUUAGAGCUUGGUGGUCGGGCUCACCUCGAAGAGUUUAUUCUGUUGUUGAAUCCACGUCAGCUGCUUACACAAGGGGCACUUUGUUUUAUGUGUCUGUCGAAACUUUUGAAGUUGCUGCGCCAUUUUGUGCUGGUAGAAUUUAAUUUGGCGGGUGAGGAUGGAGAAUCAUUCGAGAACAAUCCACAACAGUUGAUUCAUCAGCUUCUGGAAACGCUGAGCAGUCUUCAAACCAUCGAUGAAGCAUCCAGGGAGGCUAACUGCUCAACCGUAGUAGCUCGAAAAAGCGUAUUGUCGAAAGCGCAGCUUGUAGCAACUGAAGAAGAUCAGCUUAACGCGACACCACAGCCUCUUUCGCUAGCUAUGUAUUCUCGCCCACAGGUUGAAGACCGAGACAACGUCGACGAUAUUCCGAGCGAUGCCUAUUUGAUGACCCGUUUGAUUUCUUGUAUUGCCACUUGGACGCUGGUUGCUACGCAAAGUGCAUUAGUAUUGCUGGAGAGCUAUCCCGAUUACGGAAAAAUUAUGCUACGCUGUUUAGUGGAAAGCCGCUAUAAGCCUGUUCGGUUGGAGGCUGCCAACGCGAUUGCUGCCCUGUCGACUACAAGAAACAAACUCCAAGAAGACCGUGUGGCGUGCUGCAACUAUUUUUUGCGUCUGUUGGGUGAGUACUCUGGACCAGUGAAUGAUGAAGAGUACUACAAUGUAUUUAGAGUACUAGUAACGAGCGCAGAAGAUUUGACCCAGUUUGGAAUACUCAUGCCUUGCCAAAUUUUGUGCCGCCGAAUCAAGGCCUUCAAGAUUGAAAGUGAUGUACAAGUUGGCUCUGCGUCCCUAUCAGCUCGGAGAAGUAGCAUGGAAGGAAGCAAGCACUGGGCAUCAACAUCGGGAUCUGAACUGGGCAAUCGCGUCCACCCUCCGUCCCCUGAUUUGCUUUUGAAAGGACAGUUAUCUACGCUGCUUGCAAUUAUUAAACGGAUUCCGGUUGUAUUAGCGAGCGGUCUUGUUGAGACUCCAUAUGAUGGUCGCACCUUGCGCGAGGUUGUCGUACAAACCCUUCAUGAAGAGGAAGGUAUCAUAAACGAGCUUUAUCACGAAUGUCUGUUUGCAACACCAGACAAGUCAGCGGACGGUGAGGCUCAAAGCGGCGGAAGUGACAGGUGUGCCAUAAGUGUCCCGGCGCCGCCGUCAUCACAGCAUUAUCUCCGGCAACCCAAAUGUCGUAGCGACACAUGCCGAGGGGUUGCAUUUGACCUCCUUACGGAGCUCUGUAUCGACAACACCGGUGGCCUGCGUUUUUUGUUGACACAGAUAGCAGAUCAGCACACUCUGGAGCGCCCUCCAGAUCAUACCGCCACAACCUCGGUAAGCUUAACGUCAAAAAGGAAGAGCUCAAAGUCGUCGAAAGCCCAGCUACUUCAGAGGGGGAAAUAUGUGGGUUUGAAAAACCUUGGGUGUACUUGCUACUUGAACUCGAUAGUUCAAAGCUUUUUUAUGAUGCCGCGUUUCCGUCGCCACGUGUUACGGCUUCAAUUGAGUAGCAGUGGCAGCGAUAAACUCGAAGCAGCGAGCCUAACAUAUGAGCUUCAGUCGUUGUUUGCUCAUCUUGAGGGUAGUGCCAAGCCUUACUACAAUCCGCGUCUAUUUACCCGCGCAAUGAAAACUUGGGACGGUGAAACCGUGGAUGUAAAUGUCCAGCAAGAUGCUUGCGAGUUUCUUACUUCUUUCUUUCAGCAAAUCGAGUCGGAAAUGAAUGGCAUCAGUGCCGGUAGUGGUGAUUAUUAUAGAAGUGACGAGAAUAUUUUGAACACAUUCUUUGGGGGCGAGUUUAGCAACGAGCUUGUUGCUGAGGGUGGUCGUUAUAGCGAGCGGUUUGAGCCUUUCCACUUCAUUUCCGUACCCGUUCGUGAUCGGAAAAACCUGAAGGAGUCAUUGGAUGGAUGGGUAGAAGGCGAAAGGGUUAGCUACAGUUGGGAAACAGGCAGCAACUCGAAAAACAAAGAUGGCACUGGAAAUGAUGGUGAAGAUGAUGAAAAGGUGACACUGGAAACGCAUAAGCUUAUCUCCAUUUCUAAGCUGCCCUCCUACCUCAUUAUUCAUCUGAAACGUUUCGAGUUCGACUUCGAAAAGAUGCAGCAAAUCAAACUUCAUGACCGCUUCGAAUUCCCUACUGAGCUGGAUAUGUAUCCUUACACUAAAGAAGGCCAGCAAGAAAAGCGCAAAAGAUCGGCAUCAUCUGCAGACGAUGUAGCCACUAGUCACGAUGUUCGGCUGAGUACAUCGUCAGAAAGCAUCGACGAUGGAAGGACGACAGCUCCUGAAUGCUCUCAAUAUGAGCUUGUGGGAACUGUUGUGCACCUUGGUACGGCCCAUUCAGGACACUACUACUCAUUUUUGCGAGACCAGCAAAUGCCACGCGACAAGAAUGAAUGGUACGAAUUUAACGAUACACUGGUGACUCCGUUUGAUCCAGCCCACAUUCCAGAGGAGUGUUUUGGUGGCGAGGAAUCUACUCGUAUCCGGCAUGGCUCCACAAGUGGAUCGCCGCCACCGGAGGAAGGCUCUCCGCAGCAUGCUGAGAUGAAGAACCGCAGCAGUUUCAUGUUGUUCUAUGCCCGGACACCUCCUGAGCUACGUAUCGUUAGUGAAUUUGAUGCACCUUGUGUCAGCUUUUCUAAUGCUGUACUCGCGGUAGUAUUUUGCGCACGACUGAAAAAGAGAGCAUCUGCCAAAUUAGUGCAUUUGCGUAAUUUGGCUAACGUGGUUGCACCGGAGAGAAUUCGAAAACUUAUUGCUAUGGAGAAUCUCUUGUUCUGGCGUAAGAGGUAUCUGUACGAAACUCGAUGUUUGAAGUUUACGUACAAUCUUUUGAGAUCGUGUCUUGUUGGGCUAGAAAAUGCCAAGAGUAUGGCGGUUUUGCCGCACUUCGAGCCGGUGGAGGUACAAUUUGAGGCUCUGCAAGUGGCUACAAAGUUUGUGUUUGGUACAUUGUGGCAAGGUGGUGAUGUCAGCAAGGUUUUGGAAUGGCGUCUCAUUCUUCAAGCACUUUAUCACUCCGAUAUUGGUGGAUGUCGAUGGUUCCUAUCGACAAUGGAGGCGAACGAGUCGCUACUACUAGAGCUGCUCGUUUUUAACGAGCACCGGGAGAUCCGUGAAUUAAUGGCUAGCGUUCUUUCGGAAGCCAUUGUGACCACGUCAAAUACCGAGUUUGAAGAGGAGGCAGACAAAGGACCCCACGCUCUUUCUGGAAUUGCGAAAAAACAGUUGCCCGCGUCAUUCGAGUUUAUGUUCUUCCUAAUCCAGUUGAUGCCAGCGCUACUCUCAGUUCCUGUGCACCAUCAUCGUCAAUUUUUCCUCACAAUGUAUGAUUUUGUCCAGACUGGGCGCAAUGAAGGGUCUUUCCUCGUAGUGAACGGCGUUGUUGGUGCAAUUGUUGCACUGCUUACGGGCCUCGGCUCCACGCAACCACUGCUUCAAUUGCACCUGAAGAAGCAUAAGUCAAAACAGAUUCUGAAGCGCAUCGACCUUAGCGUCACAAUCUUGAAGCUAUUGUCUGUGCUUGUUCGCUGCAGUUUGCCUCCGGCGAUGGAUGUCGAUGCGGAUGCGGACCACCCACUGACUCUCCCAUCUAAUAUGGCUCAUGAUCAUGUGGAUCUCACACCAGCAGACCAUGACGUUCUUCUGAAUGAGCGCUUUAUCACUCUGCUUACGCAGCGUGCAAAUCACUACACCAAGGAGACGAAACCACUGGAGCAGAUUGUGAGUCAUUUGUGUUGGGAAAGUCGACGUGUCACUGCAGCAUUUGUGGAAACGGUUAUGCACGGUAUUGAAGUCGAGGACCACCACGAUGUAAAACCAUACUUUCGUACGCUGCACACGCUUUUUAAGAUCCGCGAUUCACUUGCUGUAGAGCGUCUGACGGAUGGUCUUACCAAGCUAGUUGCCGUGAUGGCAUCACAGCAACGGUACUAUAAGGCUACAGAAACCUCACUUGACAUGCUUGCAAGACUCGCGAAACGCCACAGCGGUGUGACACAGUGGCUGCGGGAUAAUCGGCAGAGCUGUGUUUGGAUGGAAAAAUGGCUGCUGGCCCAUCGCGGCGUUGAAGGAUAUUUGCAACAGCGUAAGACUGUUUUGGUGAAGCCCAACAGCACAUCAUCGUGGGUGAACGUGAGUGGAACGAGUUCUGGACUCAUUAGUGCCGUUGACCGUUCCAUCACAAAGUUGCUGCCGCGUAUCCGCAGCAUUUUAGACCCAAAAGCUGUCGUGGAGACUUUCUACGACAGUGACGACAAUCCUCAACGACUUGUCGGCAAGCGAGUUCGUGUGAAAUGGGCAAAAGACAAGUGGUACGAAGGAGUUGUGAAGCAAUUUAAUGAGGACACGUACGAACACUUUGUGGUGUACGAUGACGGCGACAAACGCUCGUAUCACAUGUCGGAGAAGAUAUUUUACGUCGUGGAUUUGAUGCCGUCGCCAAAGCCUCGCAAGAAAAAACAUUAG